GUGGACAGUAGUUCGGGUCUAUGGGUGUCGAGCUGAUGUCUCCGCCUGUGAGGAACCUGAAGUGCUUUUCGCCGGUGAUGUGUCAGUGUAAGGUCGUCUGUAGUAGCCGGACCCUGUCCAUGAUGUUCGGCUGCAAGAAAUACAGGUACCAGGAUGAAGAGACCCCCCCCUUGGAGCACAGCCCCGCCCACCUGGCCCAGGGGAAGAGCGGCGAGCUGCUGCACAUGAGCGACAAGAACCUGGCGGCCAUGGAUAAUGUACACGGAUACAUCCCCCACGCUCACCUAUCCCCCAUCAAGCCAGUGUUGAUGUCGGCCGGGCACACCCCCCUCUACACUUCUGCCACCUCCACCCUGGCCAAUUCCCCUCCAGUGGUCGUCAACACGGAGACGCUCGAUGGCUCCCCCUACGUAAACGGGACUGACGGGGAAGUGGAGUAUGAGGAGAUCACACUGGAGAGGGGAAACUCGGGCCUGGGCUUCAGCAUUGCCGGGGGGACGGAUAACCCUCAUGUUGGGGACGAUCCCAGCAUCUUCAUCACCAAAAUCAUCCCGGGGGGGGCAGCCGCUCAGGACGGCAGACUCAGUGUCAACGACAGCAUCCUGUUCGUGAACGAUGCCGACGUGCGGGAGGUGACACACAGCCAGGCUGUGGAGGCCCUGAAGGAGGCGGGCGCCAUCGUCCGGCUCUACGUGAUGCGGAGGAAACCGUGCUCCGAGAAAGUCACCGAGAUCAAGCUCAUCAAGGGGCCGAAAGGCCUGGGGUUCAGCAUAGCGGGUGGCGUGGGCAACCAGCACAUCCCCGGCGACAACAGCAUCUACGUCACCAAGAUCAUCGAGGGCGGGGCAGCGCACAAGGACGGCCGGCUGCAGAUCGGGGACAAGAUCCUGGCCGUGAACAACGUGUGCCUGGAGGACGUGAUGCACGAGGACGCGGUGGGGGCGCUGAAGAACACGGCGGAGGUGGUGUACCUGCGGAUAGCCAAGCCCAGCUCGCUGUACCUCACCAACUCCUACAACCCCCCUGACAUAACCAGCUCGUACUCCCCACACCUGGACAAUGAGGUGGGCCACUCCAGCUACCUGGGCUCGGAGUACCCGCAAGCCCUGACCCCCACAUCCCCGAGCAGGUACUCGCCUGUCAUGAAAAGCAUGCUGGGAGAAGACGAGAUCCCCAGGGAUCCCCGCAGGGUGCUGAUCCACCGCGGCUCCACCGGCCUGGGCUUCAACAUCGUGGGCGGCGAGGAUGGCGAGGGCAUCUUCAUCUCCUUCAUCCUGGCUGGGGGGCCGGCCGACCUGAGCGGGGAGCUGCGCAAGGGGGACCAGAUCCUGAGUGUAAAUGGUGUGGACCUGCGCACGGCCACACACGAGCAGGCGGCAGCGGCGCUGAAGAACGCCGGACAGACCGUCACCAUCAUCGCACAGUACAGACCGGAGGAGUACAGCCGCUUCGAGGCAAAGAUCCAUGACCUGAGAGAACAGCUACUGAACAGUGGGAUGGGCUCAGGAACCACCACGCUGAGGAGCAACACCAAGAGGGGCUUCUACAUCAGAGCCUUGUUUGACUAUGACAAGACGGCCGACUGCGGCUUCCUCAGCCAGGCGGUAGGCUUCCACUUCGGCGAGAUCCUGCACGUGCUCGACUGCGGGGACGAGGAGUGGUGGCAGGCGCGGCGCGUCAGCGCCCAGGGGGAGGCUGACGAAGUUGGCUUCAUACCCAGCAAGAGGAGGGUAGAACGGAAAGAGUGGUCUCGGCUGAAGACAAAAGAAAGGGACCGCAGCCGAGACAGUAUAGGAUCCUCUAUAGGGAGAGAGGACACGGUGAAAAGCUAUGAGACUGUCACGCAGGUAGAAGUUCAUUAUGCACGGCCAAUCAUCAUCCUGGGCCCCACGAAGGACAGGGUGAACGACGACCUGCUAUCUGAGUUCCCCGACAAGUUUGGCUCCUGUGUCCCCCACACUACACGGCCCAAGCGGGAGUACGAGGUGGACGGGCGGGAUUACCACUUUGUGUCGUCGCGGGAGCAGAUGGAGAAGGACAUCCAGGGUCACCGCUUCAUCGAGGCGGGCCAGUACAACAGCCACCUGUACGGCACCAGCGUGCAGAGCGUGCGGGAGGUGGCCGAGCAGCAGGGGAAGCACUGCAUCUUGGACGUGUCGGCCAACGCUGUGAGGAGGCUGCAGGCCGCCCAGCUGCAUCCCAUCGCCGUCUUCAUCCGGCCCAAGUCGCUAGAGAACGUCCUAGAGAUCAACCCUCGCCUGACUGAGGAGCAAGCUCGUAAAGCCUUUGACCGUGCCAUCAAGCUGGAGCAAGACUUUAUUGAAUGCUUUUCAGCCAUCGUGGAGGGAGACAGCUUCGAGGAGGUCUACCACAAGGUCAAGACUGUAAUCGAGGAGCAGUCUGGUCCCUAUAUCUGGGUUCCAGCUCGGGAGAGACUCUGAGACUCCGGCGCUUUGCCCCCUUCAACCUAAACCGACGUCUGCACCCGUGACUCACCCAUCUGUCCAUCCCCACCCACGCUCCGAGAGAGAGAGAGACGGAGAGAGAGAGUGAGAUGGAGGUGCAGACAGACAGAUACAGAGACAGACUGACAGAGACUGUCCAGCUGUGCAGUGCUCAGAUCCUGCCCCAAAGAAAAGGGAUACAGACAGAGUAAUGGGUCAUGAUCUUACACCUUUCUGGUGAGAAGGAGACGGAAAAUAAGCAUUUAGGGCCUUGUGGGGACAGACAGCCCUCAUUCUCCUUCACUGUCCCUCCCUCUGUCCCCCCCCCCCCCCAUCUUGUCUGUCCACACCCGGUGGAUCACGCUUUCCCCACCCCCCCGCCCACCCCCUGGCGAUGGGGCAGCCUGACGCUCCAUCAGCACCUUCCCAAACGGUGAUGCGGGAUCCGAUCGUGGACUGUGAAUAAUUAUCAUGGACAUCGUUAGAUCUAAUGAGCAAUGGAUUCAGGAAAAAGGAGGAAACAAAAAUAUGGAACU